CGUUGACAGGAAGUAGAAGUUGAUGACAUCCGGUCAUGUCCAUCUCUCCUAGGCUACCAGUCAGAAUAAUAAUAACAGUGUUGAGAAUGAGUUCAUUUGACACGAGAUGAGUGUUAGCGCGGUAAAUGCUCACAGUAACACGGGCUCGUGUGUCGUGUGUGAGAGAGGUCAUUGAAGCGCUCUCUUAUGGCGGGACUGUCGCAGUUAAUGCUGCGUGUGUCCGGCUCGUACGGGGUGUUUUCCAAUGGGCUCAGCAGGACUCUGCUCAUCUUCUUUGAUCUCGCCUGGAGACUCAGAAUCAGAUUCCCUUAUCUCUAUGUUAUCGCCUCCAUGAUGUUUAACGUGCGACUGCAGGUUCACAUUGAGAUACAUUGAUUGACACUGAAUAGCUGCUGCUUUGAUAUUUCACCUCGUUGAAGUGGAGCCCAGUAAUGGCUCUCAACUCUAUGGUUUCCACAGACUUCAUCAGUGAAGCUCAUGAAUUAUCUAUAGCUCAGAGACACUCAGAAGAGAACAUGCUGACUGGGAUACCAGAAGGGAUUAUUUGUGCAAAACGGACAUCGGCUUCAUCAGAAGAGAUGACUAGGAACUUAUGAUGAUGAGACAUCUCUUUCGGCUUCAUGUUAUUUUCUUUAUUUUACAAAAGCAAAUACCUCAUGCUCAGCCGUAGGAUGGUACGGGACACCCAGUCUCAAAAUACAUGUUUGGGAUGAGUUUCUGUGCUCCAGUGCACUUUUAAGACAGAGAGGAUGCAUGAUAAAAAGUGUUAAGAUGUGUUUUUUUUAACACAUUUCAGUUUUGCAUUUCAAGAGCAAUUCAGAAAUGUAAAAAAAAUAAAAGCUUGUCUAGUCACUGCAUGACAGCUCACAGUGGGAAUGACUCCACUGUACACCUCCAUCAUCUCACUAACACAGUGGCAACUGUUACAGAAAAUGUUUUUUUUUUUGUUUGUGUUUUUGUUAUUUUUCAUUCUGUGUUUUACACGGCACAUGCAUUAUGGAUGUACUGUAAUUUAAACUUUGACAAUAAAUUAUGAAGAGUUUUUUUAUUUUAUUAUUAUAAUUUGUUUAUUUAUUUUUUGCCUUGUCCUGUGACUGACUUGAUGGUUUUUAUAUUGUUAAAUGAAUGCUCCAAGUUGAAUAAAAGUUUCCAUCAGUUACCACCGAA